AUGAGAUUUUUGCUUUUAUAUUUUUCGGAGGCAUUAGCUGUCUACAAAUGGUCGAACACUAAUCAGCAAAGAAACAAAUAUGAUAAUUCGUAUAAUGAGCAAAGCUCAAAUACUGGAAUGAGCAACUUCAACACAGGAGGAUAUGGAAACACUGGAGACUACGGAAAUCAAAAUCGUUAUGGAGAGAGUAACUUUCAAGACUACGGAAACGGCAAUCGGGGUCCUUUUCAAGGUUCGCAAGGCAAUGGCUAUCGCCCGUCUGGCGAUUCCUACGGAAAUGUCGAUUCAUAUAGCUCAUCCGCAGAGUAUGACAGAAAUAUACAGACUGCAAAUCAAGGGAGAAAUAAUUUUGAUUACUAUGGUAGUCAAGAAAAUACUCGUGGCCGUUCCUUUGGAGAAUAUGAUUACGAAAGCAAUCGAGGAUCGUUUUCGAAUUCAGGCUAUAACGAUAGACAGCCGACCAUACCGCCCUCUAAAAAUCCGACGCUUCUACUUGAGCGGAUUCUACAGGGUUAUGAUAAUAAAAUACGCCCGAACGAUAAACAGCGGCCUUCAAACAUUUCGAUUAAUAUUUUUGUCAAUUCAAUGGACUCGAUCGCCGAAACAACGAUGGACUAUCGCUUGAAUGUUUUUCUCCGUAUGCGGUGGAAUGAUCCUCGCUUACGUUACGAUGGGCUUUUUGAUGAUGACUCCCUUGUCGUGCAUCCCUCUAUUCUCCAACGCUUCUGGCUUCCUGAUUUGUUUUUCGCCAACGAGAAGAAAGCCAACUUUCAUAAAGUCACUCAAGAUAACAAGCUAGUCAGGGUCUACAAAAAUGGUGACAUUUACGUUUCAAUAAGAAUAACACUAACACUGGCUUGCUACAUGGAUCUUUUGAUCUUCCCGAUGGAUCUGCAGCAAUGCAAUAUAGAACCCAACUGUGACAAAGUUUACAAUACUGGUACUUUCACUUGCUUAAAAGGAAUUCUUGUUUUGAAACGUGAAAUGGGUUACUAUCUUAUUCAAUUAUAUGUUCCAUCGCUGCUCAUCGUUGUCCUAAGCUGGGUUUCCUUUUGGAUCAAUAUUGAGGCAGCCCCUGCGCGCACAGCUCUAGGCAUCACUACUGUCCUUACAAUUACGACACAGACGUCAGGAGCAUCCAGUUCAUUGCCGAAGGUGUCGUAUAUAAAAGCUAUAGACAUUUGGAUGUCUUUCUGCAUGCUUUUCGUUUUUGCGGCUCUAUUAGAAUAUGCUGCGGUCAAUUUCAUCUCACGUCAGAAAACUGGCUUUCUCGAAAUUCUCCAAAAGAAGCGGAUUGAACGAAGAACUUUACCUGUUUCGGGCCCGUAUGGUUCUUCCUUCAUGGGAUUCGGCCAAGAUAUGCCUCAGUCAAUUUCACAGUCGCAACUUCUUCCGCUUUCUAACUACGCAUCGCUUAGUAGAAGAAGCAUACCUAUGAUGGAUGUCAGUACUCCAGUUGCUGUGCCAAAGAACACAACCCUUAAUGAAAAAGAGCUGGCGUUGGGAGCAACAUUUUACAAAGAUGUAAUCACCCGAAAAAGAUCAAUGCUUAAAUUCAUGUCACUUGCUGCCAAAUCUGGACGAACAGAGAUCGCACGCCAGACAAUCAAGAAGAUAUUGCCUAACAUCGAUAGUUGGAAUUAUGUUGAAAUGCUGAGUUUCCCGGGGCUUGUUGAGAAUAUACAAGGACGACAAGUAUCGCUGAAGAUUUCCCCGUUGAAAAUUAGAGCGCUUUACAAAUACGUUAAGCAUGUUGCUAUACCUGAUUUGGAAGUGCGACCUAAAUCAGAAGACAAGGGCAUUCAAAUUAUCACGCGGUUGUGUGACGAUUUGAAACCUCUGAAAAACAGAUUGAAGGAUUUGCGCGACCGGGAACGUAUGUCCGACGACGAAAGAAUAGUAUUAGCGAUGACUUACUGUAGGCAGGCAGAAAUGAGGAGAACGACUGUUCCUCAGCCGAAUCAAAUUCCGAUUCUGACGAAGAGAGUGAGUGAGAUCAAAGACCUGUACAUGACAGCCAUCGACGCCCUCAAUAAAAAAGAUGCGCAAAGCCGUGAGUUCAUCAAAAGACGAUAUAAAGCAGUUCAUUCGUAUGCCAAUUUCGCUCUGGAUUCUGUCCGUCGCAUUCGAGAAGGGGACGCGCUUACAGUUAGACAGCUUCAACUCCAACGGGAAAAUUCAAGUCAAGACGAUCAGGAAAAAGCAGCGGAACUAUUCAAGCAGAUUCGAUCACCGAUUUACAAAGAAAUCGCGAACUUCUCCGUGGAUGCUCUCAAAUAUUUCUACGAGUCUGUGAAGCUCUCACAAAAAUCAGUGCUACAGGAUAUGCUUCGUAUAUUGAAUAUCAUGGCUGAAAUCAACAAGGACCUUGAAGACGCAGAGACGUCUGAAUUUAUGCACGCGAGUGAAGGACGGUUAUUAGAGACUAUUCGAAACGAACCGCUCUCUUGCGAUCCAGAGCGUUGGCUAAAAGUUGUUCCACAGCUAAUCGCCAUCAUGGAUAUGAAGAAAGUUGAUAACAUUCCAGAAAUUCUCUCGCAUAUUGGAGAAAAGCAUGCUCAAGGGAUACUUUGGUCGCUCAUUUAUGCCCAGAAAAAUGCGACCCAAGAAAACGAACGUCAAAGCGAUCUCGCCAAAAGUAUCAUUAACCGCAUUCGUGAUCAUUCGAAGAAUCUCGUUAAAGAAGCUGAAAUGAUUUCAACGGAGCUUGUUUCGGUAGCGAUGUUGUGGAUUGAUCAGUGGAAUGAAGCUUUGGAAGACAUCUUACAAAAGUUCUAUUGUCAACAGAACAACCAGGAGCUCGACAGGCGUCAAAAGAUUGAAUACAUAAAGCGACGAAUGCGCGGUCUUCAUGAGAUGGUUCUAAAUACGCAGCAAACUAGAAAUCUUUCUGAAGUGGAGUUCAAAAGCACUUUCCACGAGAACAUCACCAGUGCAGAUCGUCAUCUCAGACGACUUUUGAAUGGAGAUGAAACAGAAAAUGAUCUUGAAGAUCUAAUGAGGAAGUAUCAGGAAAUUAAACGAAAGAUAAAGGAUAAAGCGAGCGGCAUGACGAAGUUGGAUUUGAAAAAGGUCUCAACAAAACUACUGGAAGUCAAAGAUAUGGAGCUGGCAAUACCGGGAACAUAUCAGCCAGGAAUGGAUCUCGUCAGAAUCCAUUCUGUCGCUUCUGAAAUUGAAAUUCUCAAAUCGAAGCAGAAACCUAGGAAAAUAUUUAUCAAUGGCUCUGACGGCCAGCGUCACCAAUUCUUGCUCAAAGGGAAGGAGGACUUGCGACUCGAUGAGCGCGUGAUGCAGUUAUUCGACCUUAUGAAUAGUUUGAUCAAGAUGAACAAUAAUUUGAGAAAGAAAGACAUCGAAGUUAUAAAAUACUCAAUUAUCCCUAUGACUAAUGAGAACGGUCUUCAAAGUGGUCUCGUCCGAUGGAUAGACAACUCUGAGACAAUCAAUGAAUUGCUCAAGUGGAUCCGUCAAAAACGAUUAAACGUUACACCUCAUCCAGAAAAGGAGCAUGAAAAAGAAAGAUUACCUCAAGAUUCUGCGAUUCAAAACUGUUCAAUUCUCCAAAAAGUUGAAAUGUUCCAAUACGUUCAAAAGGUCACUGAAGACCGAGGGUACGAUCUAGCGCGAAUUCUAUGGCUCCAGUCGGCGUCUGCUGACAUUUGGUUUGAGCGCAGGACGAACUUUGUCUGUUCCCUGGCCAUGAUGAGUAUGGUCGGAUACAUACUAGGAUUAGGCGAUCGACACGUGAGCAACAUUCUGAUCAUCACUACUUCUGGAAAGAUUGCGCAUAUUGAUUUCGGCGAUUCUUUUGAAAACGCCAUGAAGCGAGAACAUGUGCCGGAAAAAGUGCCAUUCCGACUGACAAGAAUGCUGGUUAAUGCGAUGGAAGUAACGGGCGUCGACGGAACAUUUAAGAAAAUCUGCCUCGAGAGCAUGGACAUGUGCAGGUCAAAUAAAGAGUCCAUUCUGGCUGUUCUGGAAGCCUUCAUUAACGACCCCGUCGUCGCUGAAAGUCAGCAUCGCCGGGUCCAAAAGCAUGGUCAAAUAUCGGUGGAAGCCGAUGACGCGAAAGUAAAGAUUCAAAGGGUAACCGCAAAGUUAGAGGGAAAAGACUUCAACGAAGUAGACGAAAAUACGAAUACUCUCUCGGUGAAAGAUCAGGUUGACAGGCUUAUCUACGAAGCGCGUAAUAUUGAAAACUUAUGUCAGCAUUAUACCGGAUGGUGCAUUUACUGGUGA